CAUGGGGGAAGAGGAACUAGAAGUUCUGUGAGCUCACCAUGGUCAGGUGGCAGACCAAAAUAUUCCAGAGGAAGUGGCUGUUGCCAAGGAUACAGAAUGGAUGAAAGUUGCAAGAAUGUUUGUUCCUUAGGAGGGCGUGAUGUCACUCAAACUGCAAGCAGAUGUGUGUGAGAAAUGUAUACAAUGGAGAAUGUCACAGUGGUGCAUGGUGUUGAAGGGGAGCCCAUCUCCAUCAACUGCACCUACAGCCCCAAGGAGAACCAGUGGAAAGAAAAGAGUUGGUGCAAGCACAUCAGCACGGUGGAGUGUCAGCAUAUUGUCAGUGCCCGCCGUUUUUGGAUGCCAUUUCUCAAGAGGAGAAAUGGCACCACUUCCAUUGCCGACAACAUCCAGAAGGGGAUCCUCACAGUUACCAUUAACCCACUCCAGAAACAGGAUUCUGGUUUGUAUCAGUGCAAGACAGAAUUCUUGGGGACCAUGAACACCCUGCACAAGGUGAAGGUGAAAGUUCUGACAGCAGGCAUAGAGGAGACUGAGGCACCAGAGAAACCCAGAGUUAGGCACAGCAUCUCCAGCUCCCCAUCAGAAGCUGGAAUCAAUCUCUGCUUCCUUGUGGCUGGAUUUCUGAGUUUCAAACUGCUGGUUGCCGUACUAAUCUUGAUUGUUGCCAGGAGCAAGAAGAGCAGGACAGAGGAGCAGGAUGGGAUCACAGGACAAAAUGAGCAUGAGCUUUUCCCAAUCACAGAAUAACAAGAAAAGGCUGGUGUAAUUGGAGGUGAUAGAAAGAAGGAAAAGAACAAGCAAAACUUCACAGCUAGGUGCAUGGAAGUUGCUCCAACGGAUAGAGAGAGGAUGAGAAAGAGACCUGCUUGCUUCGUUGUGUGUCCUCAACCCACCCUUGCUCAACACAAGAAUCGCUGCACUUCCACUUGCAAAGCCAGGUUUUGCUAGCAAGAUAAACAAAAAUCACUUUGCUGUGGAGUGCCAGACUGAUGCUGUGUGUAGAGGCACUUUUAACCAUACUAGAUCUUGUGAACAUUCUACAGAGCAUAACAAUGACUGUAGUAUAUCACCUUUCUGCUCUUUUCUUUGCAAAGAAUGUACAGCAAUAAUAAAAUACAUCAAAGGCC